AGCAAGUGCACGGUGUGUAGCCUACACAGUGUAGGUACCUUCUACCUGUCUCUGUAUUUAGUUAAAAGGUAUCGCAACACCAAAGUCGCGGUUUUUAUUUACAAACAAAUCAAUGUGCGAACCUUAGUGAUCAGUGUUUUAAGUUUAAAAAAAAAUCAACCAGAAAAUAUUUACUGUGAUAUUUUUAAAUAAUUGUUUUAUUAGUUUGUGCAUUACUCAGGAAAUUGUAUUAUUUAUAUUUUUUAAAAGAUGGCAAGCAAAAUUUGGUCAGCACUCGUAAGACGAAAGACACAGGAAGACCAGGAAAGCAAACUGGACAGGUGCUUGUCGCUUCUGGAUCUUACUGCUCUGGGGGUGGGUGGCACUCUCGGUUUGGGGGUGUACGUGUUGGCGGGGGCGGUAGCAAAAACAGUGGCUGGACCGGCUGUUUGCAUAUCGUUUUUAAUUGCAGCCAUUGCUUCUGCAGUAGCAGGUGUAUGUUAUGCCGAAUUUGCCGCAAGGGUGCCAAAAGCAGGGUCUGCUUAUGUCUACAGUUACGUUAGUGUAGGAGAAUUCGUAGCCUAUAUUAUAGGUUGGAAUCUUAUUUUGGAAUAUGUAAUUGGCACAGCUAGUGUUGCGAGAGGUUUAAGUAACUACAUAGAUUCUCUUGCAAAUCACGCCAUAAGGGACACCCUAACAGAAUGGAUUCCAAUGAAUGUUAGUUUUUUGUCGGAAUAUCCUGAUUUUCUAUCUUUCUUCUUCGUUUUGUUAUUAACAGGACUUCUCUCUGCAGGCGUAAGAGAAUCAUCAAUUUUAAACAACAUAUUUACAGUAUUAAAUUUAUUAACGGUGGGCAUUGUUAUUGUUGCUGGGUCCAUUAAAGCAAAUACGUUUAACUGGAACAUCCCAAAAGAAAAAAUCCCAGCAAACUUCCAGAGUAUCGCUGGAAAUGGCGGUUUUAUGCCGUUCGGAUUUUCCGGAGUCAUGCAAGGAGCAGCAAAAUGUUUCUACGGUUUUGUUGGCUUUGAUGCAGUGGCUACUACAGGCGAAGAGGCCAAAAAUCCACAAAAGAACAUUCCUUGGGCCAUUGUCACUUCGUUGGCAAUUAUUUUCGCCGCCUACUUUGGCAUUUCAACCGUCUUGACUCUUAUGCUUCCCUAUUAUGAACAGGAUGCUGAUGCUCCAUUCCCAAUGGCUUUCGAAAAAGUGGAAUGGUACACCAUAAAAUGGAUCGUAACGUCAGGUGCUGUUUUCGCGCUGUGUACCAGUAUGUUGGGCGCAAUGUUUCCUUUACCUAGGGUCAUUUAUGCCAUGGCCAAUGACGGUGUCAUCUUCAAGAGUCUAGCGAAAAUUAACCCCAAAACACAAACACCUGUUUAUGCGUCAGUUUUAUCCGGAAUUUUUUCAGGGAUCAUGGCUGCUUUGUUUAAUUUAAAUCAACUGAUCGAUAUGAUGUCGAUAGGAACUUUAUUGGCCUAUACAAUUGUGGCUGUCUGUGUUCUUAUUUUGAGAUACCAACCCGAUGAAGCAAAGAGCUACCCAGGAUUAGAAUCCAAAGAUGAUUUUAUGUCCAUUAAAACAAUAUUCAAUUUAAACAACAAUAAAUAUCCAAAUAUGUCGACUUCAAAAAUUACUAAUUGGACUAUUUGCAUUUAUAGUGUUUUCACUGGGUUUGUCUGCGCAAUGAUAAUUAAUUUAUUAGAUGAAAUACAAAAACCAAACUAUGUUUUGUUCCUAUUCGUUAUUGCCGUCGUUGGAAUGGUUGUGUCUUUUAUAAUUAUUCUUCGACAACCUGUCGAAAAUUGUGAUUUCCUAACAUUUAAGGUUCCUUUGGUGCCAUUUAUACCUUGCCUUAGCGUGAUAUUCAACUUAUACCUCAUGUUAGAAUUGGAUUUGGAAACCUGGAUUAGAUUUGUUGGCUGGCUUAUUAUUGGAUUUAUUAUUUACUUUUGCUAUGGAAUAAGGAACAGCGCAGAAGGAGAAAAAAUAAAAAAAUCCGAAAUUAAGAAACAGUCAAAAUCGCCAGAAAAGGAAGUGACACGAUUUUAAUUUAACUUGUAAAUAAAUUAAUUUAUUUUUUUGUAUGUAUUUUAUACGUUUUAAAAAACCUGACCAACAAAUUAAUUAAUGUCAAUGAUAUAUGUGAUAGCUUUACCGAUAUUUUUAUUACAAAACAAAAGUAUUUUAUUACCUAAAGAUUUUAUAAAAUAAAUUUAGUUUUUAAUUUUA